CCGCUUGUCCAUCCGCCCUCCCGCUCGUCCACCCGCCGCUCAUCCAUCUGCCUUCCUGCUCUUCAUCUGCUCGCGUGCCUGUGUCUGCACUUCUCGGGUGCGUCUGCGUGCCGGGCAUUUGCCCAGCACGCUCGCGGUGGGCAUGUGCCGUCGCCUGCCCACUUGCCCGUCUGCUCGAUCUCCUACCUGUGUGUUCAAUCCCCAACAUGUCCGUUUGCUCACCUAUCCGCCCGUCUGCCUGCUCGCCUGUCCGCCUUCUCGCCCGUCCGCCUGCCUGCCCGCCUGCUCACUUGGCAACCCUCGCGUCCGUGUCCACGGUCCGCCCGUCAGCUACGUUUGUAUGCAGGACAUUAAUCCUGCGUGCUCGCGGUCCACGCGCGUGUUGUGGUGCACGUCGCCGCGUCCUGUGCCCUUCACACCCACGCACUCGCCUUCUAUUCGUUGGCCCUAUAUGCCUCCUGUCGAUCAUGCGUGCUGUGCUCCAACAACGACGGGCGAGCACGACGGCGGCGGCGGCAACGAGCUGGCACGACGACGCCGGGGGCUACGAGCUGACACGACGAUGGGGGACCGAGUACAGUGGCACACGUGGCACCAGGCUAGGGAGAGGCCAGCACAGCGAGCACGGUGCCAGGGGCAGUGAGCACGCGAGGGAGAGAGAAGGCGCCAGCGAGGAUGACGACGGUGGCGGCGAUGAGCUGGCACGAUGUUGCGAGCGCCGGAUAGUGGCCGUGAGCUGGGGUAGGACAGGGACGACGGGCGGGGCGAGUAGCGAGCGCGGCGGUGGAGGCGGCGAGCAAGGAGGGGAGAGGAGGCGCCGGCGAGCACGACGGUGAAGGCGGUGAGCAAGGAGGGGGGAGGCGCCGGUGCGCACGGGCCAGCGAACACGCUGCGGAGCGCCGGGGCCCC